AGCUGCUGGCAAACAAAUCAACUCAUCAAACCCACACACUUCUCUCUGACGAACCUUUGCUAUUGGUAAUGCCGCCAACUAAUGCACCUCGGGCAAUGGAUCCUAUCCAUACUCCUGACCCUGAUCCGUUGGCAUUUCCAGUAAACAGCAACACUACCGUCUCAUCUAUGGAAGAUUCCUCUGAUCCGAAUAAACAGGCAAGGAAACAGAAACGAAAAGAUAAACAUAAAAACAAACAUAACGUAUCAUCAGAUACAGAAAAAUCACCAAAUAAGGAGCACAAACGGAAGCGAAAGAAAAAAUUACAUGCUCAUGAACCAGAAAAUCCCAAUGAAGGAAACGAAGUAGGCAUUCCAAAAAUUAAAAUUAAAUUUAAGACGCUACCAUUGCCGGGGGAAGUUACACCAGAAGCGCAGUUUUUUUACGUGUCAGCCGAUAUGGUUCGUUCAGCUGAAGAGGCAUCACGCCCAACUUCGGUGGAAACAGUAGAAGAUAUAACACCACUUUCCACACAAAAAUUGGAGAAAGGCAAAUCAGAAAGGACAGUAAAAGUAUCGCUCUCUACUCGUAAAACCAGCCAAAGGAAAACAGCUGGUAAAAGAAAUUUGCAGUUGGCUCAAUCGAAAUCAGUAAUAUUAGCUCAAUCAACAUUAAAUCUUUUUUGUUGCGUCUGUAAGGAAGUGGGUGCUAAUAGUAAUUGGGUAACGUGUGAUGAGUGCCAUAAGCACUACCAUUUUGUAUGCUUAGAUCCUCCUUUAAAAAAGACACCAAAAAUACGCGGUUACUCAUGGCAUUGCGCUGAUUGUGAUCCUACAGAUGAGGAGAAAAAAUAAUCAUUAUUACUACAAGAUAUGGGAAUUUACAUUAAGUGUACUUUAACGGCAUGGGUUAAUUCUACUUACUGAGUCUAGUACAAGAUGAGUUAAAAUAAAUCAAUCAAAUUAACCAGCCUUCUUAUAAUAACGUAUGUGUCACGUGAGGUCCACUGGCAAGACAUAUGCCUUGUGCUUUUAUUUUAUUUAUCGACUCUAAUCUUUGAAAUUAAUUUUCUUUUAUAAUCUAUUCCACUAAUUAUAUUUUAGAUUUUGACAAAGGGGAAA